GCGCCCUGGGUCCCGCCCCAGCACCACCCCGCUCCGUUUCGGUUGGCCUAGUGGCCCGCCUGUCAGAGACCGCGGCAGGGCGGGGCUUCCGGGAGCGGAAGGCGCGGAGGGCAGUGCCGGGCUGGGUGGCCCUCGUGGGCCGCGCGGCCUGGUGGUGUCUCGGCCCGUGCGGGAGAAGAGCUAGUGCCCCGGGGUCGAGGGCUCUGGAGCGACGGCUUCUCUGGGGAGGGCCUGGACUCUCCCGAGAACAGGCCGGACUCCCAAGGAGAUAGAGACCGUGCGGGGAAGCGCGGCGGCGGCCGGGUGUGGACUGGGGCGCGGUCGCCAGGGUCCGGCUCCAGCCCCUUGAGCUGCUCCGGGAGCCUGGCGUCGGGCUCCUGGGCACCUUGACGGCGCGCACAGCCGUGUCCGUUUCCCUAGAGGCCUUCCCUGCGCCGCGUUGCGUAGCCCACCGAGGGGACCCGAGAGCGGAAGAGACAGCCCUCAGGGAGGGCGGAGCCCACAGGGCGAGCACUAAGGUCGCCCCCUGAGCUUGGGGCUGGAGAAGGCGGCGGGGCCUCCGGAGAGAGGGUAGGGCCCCGGAAGCAGGCCCAGCCCGCUCCAGGAGGCUAGGGGCCCCCAGUGGCUGGGGGCCCGACUGUCCUGCACCCUCUUCCCCGCAGGUGGCUCCGGGACGGCCGCCCCCGCCCUCCCAGCUGGGGUGGGGACGUUGGGCGUGGUACGGCCGUGCGCCCAGUAUUAAGCAAAGCUAGAGCGCCUGGGCUAGGCGGGGACCUCUGAGCCCGCGCAACGGCGUCCGUCUCAAUCCCGGAGUCCUGCUUCUCCUAUCGCGCAGCCCUGUCCGGCCCUCCGAGGACAGCCCCUCUCCCCGCCUCCCCCAACUCGGGCGGGCCCUGUAGACUGCCGACCCGCCCAGCUCCCUCAAAACCAGCCCUGCAGAAGCUCACCGUGUGGCCUAAUUAACAAACGGUGCCUAAAGAAUGCGACCCAAGAGUUGCCAUAGGGGUGUGAACUGAAGUUUCCGCCCACCCAAAGCACAAACGUGCACGUACUGGCUCCUUUCAAGACUAUCAAAGACAUAUUUCUAACAUUUUUUUAAAAAUUUAAAAGUAAAUUUAAAUUUAUUUACAAGGAAGAAUGGUGCAUUACGCAUAGCGUUCGACCUGCCUCUGAUCAGCUGGACCCAGUCGCAUCCCACUCCCACGCCGGCUCGGGUGCUCUUCCUCGAGCACAGGCCUUGGCCUUGGGGGUCUCCUCUGCCCCACGACGGCCUCGACCCCACGCGUCCUGGCAGUGUCGGGCUGGCUGUCCUGUGCACUGUGCUACAACUGGAACAGAGCCCGAUCGCGCCUGAAGCGCGUAGACGCGAAGUAAAGGCGGACGAAUGCAUGCGGGGGGCGGUGUCCCUUGCAGGAGUGGACUCUGGCCUCAUCCAGGUCUUCACUUCCCUUGCCCUCAGGGAGUCCUCUCCCAUGGCAAUUCCUUUUGUCGUGGCAUCGGCCACACCUGCAGGCAGAGGUAAAUCCCGUCCUCAGGACGACCUUUACAGAGGCGACUCUCAUCUGGAAAAGGCGGACGCGUGUUCCCACCACAGGUGGCUUUUGCAAGGGGCUGACACCUGGCGGUCUGCGCCCCACACCCCAGCCUGACGGUGUGUCACCUCCACCCGACCUCCCCUCCCGGCUCGAGGGGAGCCCACGCGCGUGCGGGGCCAUACCCCCGCCGGCCUGCCAUAGCAACCGUUGCCAAGGGGUGUGGCUCGGCCUGGCAGAGCCAGGGUGAUUCCCGAUGCUCAUGAAUAUUUGAUUAUUCAAAUGAGGCCCUGCCCCCGUUGCUAUGGCUCCCAGGCCCUGCAACCCCGCGGCCGGAAGAACAACCCGGAAUCCGAGAGAGCGCCGGGAGGCGGAGGGCGCCCAGGGCCGAGCCCCCGGGGCCGGGGCACCCGGGCGGAGCCCUCAGGUGCCACCUGGGGCCACAUGCGACCCCCUUGUCCGGAUGUUUGACCCACAGUGGGAAAAGGCAGCUGCCUCCAGCAGGCCCUGGCCCAGGUGGACGACCUUCGGCUGGUGAGCGUGCUGGACGUGUGUGUGGACACCCGUGAGCACAGCCUGGGGAAUUUCGGUGAGAGCCCGCCUUGUCCACAUCCACCCCCACCAGGGCCAGACCACUCACUAAGGGCCUGCUCACUGGGUUUCUGCCUGCCGGGCUCUGGUCUUUGGGCCACUGCACCCCUCUUUCCAGGGAUCAGGGAUUGUCACAGGGCCAGGCUCUGUUCUGUGUAGGAGUGAGUGGCUCAGAUCCCUUUCCCGGGGACUUUGGGUUAAGCAGGGACGCUGGCUGAAGCGUUUCUGUGCUCUGGGGGGCUCCAGUGCCACGAGCUGAUGGAGGUGGUGGUAUGGGGUUACUGGUAUGGGGGCCAGGGUAGGUGGCUGGGGAUGGGACCCAGGCUUCAGCAGCCAACUCCGGGGGCCUGGUGGCCUCCCGUGUGGCCGAGUUGGCUCAGGUGCACCUUCUCUGCCCUGCCCUGCCCUGUGCACUUCACCUGGACCUGGUCACAGACGGAAGCAAUGUCACUGGGCCUCGGGGCAGCCCCGGGCAGUGGGGGCCGAGGGCGUCAGUGCCUCUGGAGGUGCUGAGAGGUGGCCUCUGACCUGUCCCCCCCCUGUGGCUCACAGGGGUGCACCUGCCCAGCCUCAGCCAACUGAAGCUGAACGGCAGCCGCCUGGGCUCCGUGAGAGACCUGGGCACCUCCCUGGGCCGCCUGCGGGUGCUGUGGCUGGCUCGCUGUGGCCUGGUGGACCUGGACGGCAUUGGCUCCCUUCCGGCCCUGGAGGUGGGUCUGUGGCCCUGGGCGGGGGGAGGGCACCGGGCAGGCCCCGGCUGAGGCCCCCUGUGCCACAGGAGCUCUACGUCUCCUACAACUCCAUCUCGGACCUCAGCCCGCUGUGCCUGCUGGAGCAGCUGGAGGUGCUGGACCUGGAGGGCAACAGCGUGGAGGACCUGGGGCAGGUGCGCUACCUGCAGCUGUGCCCGAGGCUGGCCACGCUCACCCUGGAGGGCAACCUCGUGUGCCUGCGGCCGAGCCCCGGCCCCCGCAACGAGGCGCCCCAGCACUACAACUACCGGGCAGAGGUGAGGAAGCUCAUCCCACACCUGCAGGUCCUGGACGAGGUGCCAGCCACUCACACGGGCCUGCCGGCCUCCCGGAAGCUGGACCAGGACUGGCUCAUGGUGAAGGAGGCCAUCAAGGAGGGCAGGGUCCUGGGCGGCCUGCUCCCUGGGCUGGAUCAUCCCCACGGAUACCCCAUUCGGAGACUCGGCCUCGAGCUAUCCCUGCCUGAGACCCAGCCCCGGGCUCCCAGGCCCUGGCCCCUCUCCCUGCUGGUCCCUGGGGGCCCCCUGCCCGAAGGCCUGCUUCCCACGGACCCGGCCCCAGAGGACGUCGCCAGCACCCUCACCCACGGUGCUGGCCCAGUCCUGUGUGGAAACCCCACCAAAGGCCUGCGGGAGCGUCAGCACCAGUGCCCGGCGCCCCCAGAGCGGCUGCUCCGAUGCAGGCCGGAAGACCUGGCCCCCAGCACCCCCACCCCGGGGCCUGACCCUGCAGACAGCUGUGACCUCUCUGCACUGGCAGGACUUCCAGCCUGGAGGGAGCUGGGCCUGCGGCACCUGGAGUCCCAGCAGGAAGGAGCCGAAGCCCCCUGGAGGAGGCCACGGAGGGGACCUGAGGAGCAGGAGGACGAGACUGGGCCUCACACCCCACCCAGUCCCCUAAGCCUGGCCCCAGAGCCGUCUAGGACCGUGGGCUAUACUCUGCUCCCCUGUCCCCCCAAACUCCCCGUGCCACCUGACUCAAGCAGCAGCAACCAGGGCUCCACAGGCCUGCAGUUCCGGGCGCGUCGGCUCAGAGCCCUGGGCAGCUCCGGGCCUGGCCUGGGUCAGGGGCUGGCUGCAGUGGCUGCUCUGAGAGCCCUGGAGGUGGGCUCAGGCCCGAGCCCUCGAGCCCGAGGAUGUCUGGACCCAAAGCCAACACAAGACCCAGCAGCCAGAUCCCCAGCCCUCCGGUGCCUGCCACACCUGAGCCCUGUCACGCCAGCCCAAACCCGCCCCUAGUGUAAACCCCCACCCACUGCCAAGCAGGCCUGGACAGAGGCCAAGGAGCCCUACUUGGUCACAGGAGCCUCAUGGAACCCAGAGCAUCUGGGUAGGUGUGUUGGGGGUAUGAGGGGAGCCUGGCACGGGAGAGGCCCUUCUUGGUAGAGGAAAGUUGGGGCCUGGGACCACCAGGGAGCGCACACAGGUGAGAGCCCAGUUUGGCCAUGCUCCCCACCGCUGGCCCACCUGUUUCCUGCCUUGUCUUCAACCGGGUCUUGCCCUCCCGGGCGUGGAGUGCCCUAAGGGGCAGCCUGGAAGAGACUGAGUGGAUCCCAGGCCAAGGUGGUAGAGCUGGACCUGUCCACCCCUGGCAGGCCCUGCAGCCACCCUGGUCCCUGGCAGAGGCGCUGGCCUGGGCAGAGAAGAGGGUGGCCAGGCCUCCCAUCUUUGGCGGAUAUCGGGAGCGGGGAUACCCAGAAACCAAGCAAAUCAUUUUCGACUCUCGGGUGUACAGAAAUGCAGUUUUUUUGGUAGGCGACGUUGGUUCAAUAAAUUAUGCAGCUGGCACUGCCUGCCUCCCACGACUUCCUCCCCGCACCCCCGCGAUCCCCGGACAUCCCACACUGCGCCGCCCGCGCCGAGGCAGUCAAGGAGACGGCCGGUGAGCACAGGCACCUGCAUAGCCCCGACAUGGGCCCUACACCCGCCUGCACGCGUCCACGGUGAUGGGCGGGCAGCUGAGGAAGCGGAAACCGAAUCUGCUCUCGGCCGUGCUCUGCACCGACAGCGCCACCAUCGGGCAGCUUCGGUCCACGGUC